ACGGUGACGAGGGCCCAGGGGCGGCGCCUUAUUGAUAACAGCCCGGCCUUCCUGGCCCGCCUCCCAGCCGAGGGAGCGAAGGGGGGAGGCUCGCUCGCUCGCUCGCUCGUUCCGGCCCGGCCAUGGCUUGGAGGCCGCCGCUCGCCUUGGCUCGCCUUUUAGCCCCCACGGCGGGACAAACCAGGUCAGUUUUACUGCAUAGCUCUCUGGGAAGUGCUAACUUUAGCUCAAAAGGAAAUGUGGAACCUACCAAACAACCACUUAGGAAACCAAAAUUGCCAGUAGGUCGUUUUGAUGAAUCAGAAGAAUCCAACACAGAGAAGGAGCCACUAGAAAAAUUUCCAGAUGACAUCAAUCCUGUUACAAAAGAGAAAGGUGGACCCAAAGGCCCUGAACCAACUCGUUAUGGAGAUUGGGAACGGAAAGGACGCUGUAUAGAUUUCUAAAUGACUCUAGAUUGUAAACAUGACAGAAAGUUGGAUGAAGGUGAAACUUAUAAAGAACUAUGACACAGAUGAGGCCAACUUCCAUUUCACUUUUAUGUAGAAUUACACAUCACAUUUUUAAUGACAAUUGAGAGGGAUCUUUUCUGUGGAUAAAUUACAUGUUCGGGUGCAUGUGUUUGUCCCUUUUUUGACCCAUGUCCCUGAUAGAGACAGAAAUGGGGGGGGAGAGAUUUUGAUUAAAGAUGCAGUCUUAAACAGGAGGAUGUCCUGUUUAUCCAAGUUGAAUUUAGCUUUCGGGCAAGAAUUGUAAGAUGGAUUUCAUGUGACCAAAUAAUUUCAUUGAUGCAGACUGCACAGUAAAUUUAAGGAAAAGCUGUUAAAUAUAGAGUAAUGAAUGAGUCAUUGCUCUGCCUUGUGUUUAGGUUUCUCUAACAUUUUAUAAAAGCACACAACCUUUUCUACUUAAAUGCAAAACAUUGUUUUGGCAUGUGAUGGAGGAAAUGGCAGCUGUCUGUCAGACAUACUGAAGCUGCCACAUACUAUAAGCCAUAUAUAAUUAUUUGAACCAAACACAAUGAAUACUGCAUAAUUGUAGUCCUUGAGAAAACAGUUCUACUAUAUAUCUUCAUUUUUCUGUCUAGGUUUGUCUCUAUGUUUUCUGUGAUUCUUUCGCUUUGGAAAUAUUUCUUUAUUGUUGCCCAUUACUGAAUAAAUUAUUUAUCUACUCAUUCGGAAAAAGA